UCAAAUAAACAUAACCUUAACCAUCCUACACACAAAACUGUCAAAGUAACACGUGUUGUUAAUUUUUCAAAAAUAAUGGCAGAAGACGGUGAGGAAAAACCUCGCAAUUUUCACGAAAUGGAGCUGGACGACCGCAUUUUAAAGGCUAUAGCAAAACUGGGAUGGCAGACUCCUACACUUAUCCAAGAACGGGCGAUCCCUCUUCUUUUAGAGGGCAAAGACGUUCUUGUAAGAGCCCGUACAGGUUCUGGUAAAACGGCAGCAUUUACCAUCCCCGUAAUUCAGAAAAUUUUGACUCUUAAAAAAACCGCGAAACACCAAGAAAUUAAAGCGCUUAUUCUCGCCCCGAGUAAAGAAUUGUGCCACCAGAUAUGUGGCGUUAUUAAAGAGUUGACAGUUAAGUGUUCACGUGAAAUUCGGUGUGUCGAUGUGGCCCCGCAGGUUGAGUUAAGUGUGCAAAAGCCCUUGCUAGUGGAACAGCCUGAUAUUGUCGUGGGGACUCCCACAAGAGUGCUAAAGCACAUCAAGGCGGGGUACAUGGAUCUGAAGACAAGCAUGGAAUUGUUGGUGAUAGAUGAAGCCGAUUUGGUUUUUUCUUUUGGUUAUGAGAGCGAGGUGAAGGAGUUGUUGGAGCGUUUGCCGAGCAUAUAUCAGGCUAUUUUGGCCUCGGCCACGUUAAGUGAAGACGUGAAAAAUCUCAAAAGUUUAGUGUUACACAAUCCUGUAAUUUUAAAACUUGAGGAACCUGAAAUUGCGCCUGCAAGCCAACUCAGUCAUUACCACUUAAUGGCCGAGGAAAUGGACAAAGCCACGAUUUUAUACGCCCUUUUAAAACUGCACUUAAUUAGGGGGAAGACCAUCAUUUUUGUUAACACCGUCGAUAAGUGUUACAAAAUUAAAUUGUACUUGGAACAGUUUGGAAUUCCAACCUGUGUUCUAAACUCCGAGCUUCCUGCGAAAAUACGGUGUCAUUCGGUAAAUCAGUUCAAUCAGGGCAUUUAUGACACCAUCGUGGCCUCGGACGAAAAAGCGUUGGAACAACCGGGAAACCCGAACGACCCAGAGUUAAAAAAAUCAAAAAGGAAGAAGGACAAAGAAAGCGGUGUUUCUAGAGGAAUCGAUUUUCAGUGCGUUGCCAAUGUUAUUAAUUUUGAUUUUCCACUUGACGUGCAAUCCUACGUGCAUAGAGCGGGAAGAACAGCUAGGGGAAACAACCAAGGCAGUGUUUUAUCGUUUGUGAGCAUACGAGAAAAACCUUUGCUAGAACAGGUUGAAACUCACUUCAAAAGCGACCAAGAUGAUGUUUCAAUUUUCAAGUCGUACCAGUUCAAAUUAGACGAAGUUGAGUCUUUUAAAUAUCGAGCAAAAGACGCAUGGCGUGCUGUAACGAGAAUUGCAGUACGUGAAGCAAGACUGAAGGAAAUCAAACAAGAGAUUUUUAAUUGUCAAAAAUUGAAAAGUUACUUUGAGGAUAAUCCAACUGAUCUUCAAGUUUUAAGGCACGAUAAGGCGCUGCAUACGGUUAAAAUUCAGCAGCAUUUGUCUGAUGUUCCCGAAUAUAUUGUUCCACCGACUUUGAAGGGUAUUGCCAGCUUAGGGAAGAAGAAAAGGAAACGGGAAUAUUAUAGGACAUCGCAAGGGUCAAGCAGCAGGUUCCAGGCGAAGAAAAACAAUCCUCUGUUAAGCAUGGACUUUGAAGGUUUUAACAAAAAGAAAAAGAAGAACUAGUGAUUUUUUGUUGUUCAAUUUGAAAUAAAUAAACUUUUUAUUGCA